GUGGGCCGUGGUUUCAAGGGAGCUGAUGUGGCAGGUGAACUUUGACAGUGUACAGUACUGCCGCUUGUUAGCAUGUCAUGAAGGGUAGCUGCUGAGGUGAAGCAGAGCCAGCCAGGGGACACCAUUUCAAUUUGGACCAUCAGUGGCAAAUAAUGCAACCAGAAAAAUACUAAAUUAGAAGGAAGCAGAGACGAGAUGGAUUCCAGAGGUUAUCAGUGGCAUGACCCAAGGCACCCGCAAACACCAUCUUACUACUUACAAAGACCCGUCUCCCAGUCUGAUUAUCCUUACAGGCCUAACACCAGGGAUGGCUACCACAACAACAACAGGCCUCCCCCCAUGCCUGCAACCCAGGGUGACAUGUACCAACCAAACCCAGACCCCAGAGCUGGACACUGGGCACAGUCAGGUCCCAGGGAAGGCUACCCUGUCAGCAGCCCCCCACAAAGACUAGAGUUCCAACCCACCUACAUCAGCACUCCUGUUUCCAGAUCAGGGUACCACACAGAGAAGCCAUUGGGAAGAUCCUAUUCAAGGCAGGGCUACGAUUAUCCUUCUCAGAACUAUCCAGCCCGUGACCCCAGAGAGGAUUAUGGGUACUAUGACUAUGGCUAUCAAAGAGGACAGCAUGAAUACAGAGAUGCUGAGCGAUGGAAUCCCAUCAAUCCCCAUCAAGAUUACUGGAACCAAGGCCCUUACCAAGAUAGGCGAUAUAAACAGGAGAGGAUUCGUGAUACAUAUAGGGAACCUCAUUCAGACAGAUAUAAUGAGCAUGCAGGGAGUUACCAGUAUGACUACAACUCAGAGAAAAACCACAGUGGAGGCCAUGCAGAGGAGACUGGAGGUGAUCACAGAGAGCUCCCCUUGUAUGGGUCAGGCUGCCUUGCAGAUGCUAAAGCAUCUGGACUGUCCUCAAGUGGUUAUGAGCUGAGCCAGUAUAUCGAUUCCACUGAUCAGAGCCACCAGCCUCCACAGAAUCACUGGAGUCCUGUUCAGACAGAGAGUGCAGUGAUGCCUGCACUUGUUGCCCCUCUCAAGUUUCCUCUGCCCCAUGUCCGAGUCAGUUUCUGCUCUGGAGGUCAGCUGGUCCGAGUGAGCCCCAACCUGCCUUCACAAGGAGAGCCGGCGCUCAUUGAGAUACACAGCCUAGAGGUGCUUCUUGUUGACACCCAGGAGCAGGAAGAGAUGAGAGCCUUCCCCGGUCCUUUAGCAAGGGAAGAUCUCCACAAGGUGGAUGCAAUAACAUUUUCCCAGCACAGAGCAGACGCUUGCUGGAAAGAGGAGACCCUGAGAGACAAGCCUUCUGCUGCCCUCCUCUGGAACCUGCUGGUACUGCUGUGCAGACAGAAUGGAAGAAUCGUCGGCUCGGAUAUAGCCGAGCUCCUGAUGAAAGAUAGCAUGAACCCAGGGCACUGCGAGGAAGGCACAGGGAGCCUGAUAGACCUGACAGAGGAGACUCUACUGGGUCACAGCAUGGACAUGCCGGACCUGCUGACUGGAGAAAACACACGCAGCGCGGAAUCACCUGCCGAGGCACUGCACAAAUACACCACGCUGCUGCUCUCUGGGAGGAAGAAAGAAGCUCUGGAGGCAGCAAUGAGAAGUGGCCUUUGGGGUCAUGCUUUGUUUUUGGCCAGUAAAAUGGACAACAGGACCUACACCACUGUGUUAAACAGGUUCACCGGCAGCCUGGCUGUGAGCGAUCCUCUGCAAACAUUGUUUCAGCUGCUCUCUGGGCGGAUACCUGCAGUAUCUACAUGCUGUGGGGAUGAGAAGUGGGGAGACUGGAGACCCCACCUUUCCGUGAUCCUCUCAAAUCAGACGGGUGAUCCGGGGCUAAACCAAAAAGCUCUCAUUACCACGGGGGACACACUCGCUGCUAAGGGUUUGACAGAUGCUGCCCAUUUCUGCUAUUUGAUGGGACGGGUUCACUUUGGUGUGUACACAGUUCAAUCAGAGAAGAUGGUACUAUUAGGCAGCAACCACAGCCAUCUGUAUUUUCACAGUCUGCCCUUCCGGAAGUUUGCCAGAACUUCAGCUAUCCAGCGUACAGAAGUGUUUGAGUACUGCCAGCAACUGGGCAAACCAACUUUCUGUAUUCCCUCUUUCCAGGUUUAUAAAUUGAUUUACGCAUGUCGCUUGCUGGACUAUGGACUUGCCUCUCAAGCAUUCCAUUACUGUGAGGUUAUUGGCAAUGCCAUCCUGAAGCUAGAUGCCUGCUCUGAAGUGCUUCUGGGAGAGCUGAUCAAGCUAGCAGAGAGACUGAAACUUUCAGAUCCACAGGUGCAUGAAAGCCCAGAAGAGCAGCAAACCAUAGAGCCUGAUUGGCUGAAGCAACUGCGGGUCAGACACAGGCAACUACAGAUGGGAGACAAUAGCUACAUUGAAAAAUAUCAACAACCAGUUCCAGUAACCAGCAUCCAGCACACAGAGAAUGGCCCAGCCGCAGCAGGUCAAACUAUAAAUAAAGAGGAGUUCCCGCUACCUAUGGAUGCCUCCGAGUGGCCAGCUGUGGUCUAUCCCUCGAAUCCCCUCCCUCUCACCAGCGAACAACAGACAUACCAGCCCAGCCUCCCUCAGCAGAGCACCGCCCCUCCACAGACAGUAAUAGAGCAGGGGCAAAGUGUACCUGCAGCGCCCCCGCAGGCUGGAGGUCAGGCUUACCCCUUCCAGUUUACCACAGAUCACACCCCACAGCACCUGGCUCAGGGGAGUGAAAUGGAAGGGUUUCCAAUGGAGACACAGUCAACUUAUGGAAUGAACUCCAUUCCAGGGGAUUACACCAGCAAGGAAGAAAAAAGCCAGUCUGAAUUCAGCCAGCCCAAACCUGGAGAUCAGGAGGGAGAAGAACAAGCAAAGAUCCAGACUGACAAGGGCUCUCGUUUUGGCUGGUUUGGUUGGUUUAGGUCAAAGCCUGAAAACCAUGCACAGAGUCAAGCAGGCAAGAAAGAGGAACUGAAUGAAACCGAUCCUGUGGUCAAGCAGCCAAACUCAACAUCCGCUCCUCCCCCCACAAUGAUCCAGACACCCACAUCUUCGGCAGGAGUGAACCCAUUUUCUAGAAAAGCUGGGAGGAAAGAUGCUUCAGAUGACAUUAGGCCAGUCCCUGGGAUAGGGCCUCCCACAAUCACAGAGGGACCAUGAUGGCAAAGCACAGCACAACCAGGAAAUUUGAUACUGGUGUUCUCAGACACUUCUCAGGGCAGAGCACAGCCAGCAUCAGUGGGACAACUUGGCUAUUCAGAGUACCAUUAUGUUUUAUAUCAUGAUCACAGUAUUAUAGUAAGCUUUUGUGUAAUUUUGGAUUUGCAGGCAUCUGUCUGAGAACAAGCAGAUGCAUAAGAUAUAAGAUAACAUGGUAAAAAAAAUUUAACUUCUAAAACAGUUAAAGCAAAAAAACACUAUGCAUUUAUAUAUGUGGGUAUUCAAUGCAGCCUAUUUUUAAUACUGUAAAAAUAUGAAAAUUUAGAAUGCUUUAAAAGGCAUUUCCAAAUCAACACUCUGAACAUGUCCCCCUCCUCUUAUAAACAAUUCCUAUUACAAAUGUAUUCAAGACAAACAGAACAGUUAUUGCACUUAACUGCUGGUUUAAAAAAAGGUAUAUUGCAUAAUACAUAUUUGUGUUUCUUGAUCCUCGAGCUGUAUUAUAAACACCCUGAAAGUUAAAACCACUUGUAAUCCCAAAUCCCAUUUAUCUACCUCGCCUAAUCCCUGAGAUUACGUUAUUAUUAUAUAAACAAAAACACAAUAUGAUUAACAUUCUCAGACUGGUAUACUGCAAUACUGUAUUCACCAGCUUCUCAUGGAUCUUUUAUAUGCUGCCUGUACCAAGGGUAAUGCCAUGCACUUCUAGCCUAUUCACAAACAUUGAACGUAUGCAUUAGUCACAGUUUUGAUUAAUAACAGUAUGUAACACAAUUUUUGUUCCUGGGUAGUAAGUGUUAUUUCCUAAUUGCUUAUGCCUC